AUGCAGGCCACCCUUCCCCGCCUCGUCCGCGUCAUUCCCCGCUCGCUCCUCAGUCCAGGGCAAGCCACCAUCAUUCCCGCCCCCGAACCGCAAUACAAUGAUCUCCACCGACCUACCGUCCUUGACCUCUUACAAAGACAAAGAGACGACUUGAUACAGAAGCAAAAGGAGGGUUUUCUGAAAGAAGGGGAGGAAUGGCCGAGUAAUAUCAGGAUUGAGGUGCCCGUUGAGAGGAGCGCUUUUAAGGACGUGAGGAAGGAGUUGAGGGGGGAGAUCAAGAAGCUUUUCAAGGAGCGGUAACGCGAGACACAUAAGCAAGCAGACAGCGUAGGAAAACUACGUUGACUGUAAACGGAGGGAAGGCUACUCCAGAACCCCAUUACCGGCUCCUUCCAAAAACGCCUGUUGCAGCCACAUACUAGAAUACAGCCCCUUCUCCUGCA